CACAGCGGAAUCCCACCCCACUAGACACUAGUACGUGCCUUGAGUGCUCCCCGCUCCCCACCACCAUCAUCUUCUUCCGCCUGUCUCCUCUUCCUCCCUCCAUAUAUACCACCGUGAUCGCUGCGUGCUUCCACCACCCCGCCCCCAGCUCUGCUCCCUUCUAGUUUCCUCGCAUCGCAUAUAUACCUGUGAUCUGCCGCAACCCCCACCGAGAUGCUGUGUGUGUGGAUGGCGCAGCUGGUCGCUCCAAGCAUGGGAGGAUCCAUGGGCGUGGUGCGAGCCGUGUGAUCGACAGGAGUGUGCGUGCACGUAAGGAUGUGCUUCGGCUGCCGUGUCCCCGCCAAGCUCUGGUGGUGAGAUAUCGACGAGAGGCCGCGUACGUGUGAUCAGUCCAUUCCAUACUGCUCUGCUGUGUGCUGUGCCGCCCGUGUCUAGCUUCUUGCCGGCGGUCGACAUGUGGGGCGACGUGGUGGCGCUCGUCCGACAGGGCCUGCGGUGGCGGCGGCGGAGGGGAAGGAGGUCUACGGCGCGGGUGGUGGACGAGAGCGCGCUCGGCCUCGGCGCCGACGGUGAUGCCGGUGCCGCCGCGGCUGCGCCGAGCGUGGGCGGCGCUCUGGCCAGGGCGCUCCUGGCGCUGGCGUGUGCCGUCCGCUUCGACGGCGAGGACGUGCCGACGGAGGAGGCCUGGGCGGCGAGCGUAUGGCGGCCACGGGCCGACGAGGUCAGCCACCUCAUGGUGCGCGAGAGCAUGCGCUAUGCCAUCUACGCGUAGGAUUGGUGAGCACUGAGAAUGUCUACCCUCACGUUCUUGUGUCAGAGUCAGACCACAUAUAUGACCAACUCUUUCUGGGGAACUACCGCAAAGAACCUCUAGUUCUGAAAGGCUAAAUUUGAUGUACACGGGACUGGUGAAUUCAGCACAUCAGCAACAGAAGGCUUCAGGUCGCUACCGUACUGCCCACCGAUCGGAGCAAAACAAUCACAGACUUUGGCAGGCCACCUCUUCCUUACUGAACAUAACAACCAUAAUACGAGGUUACAGUCUUACAGAGACGCGCUGUGGUGUCCGUACAUUUAGAAAGCCAUUGUGACAUCACAAUGAUGGUACGAAGAGCUGACCAUGGAGAGAAAAUGAGUGGAUGUGCCAAAAAGCAGGAUUUCACUGGUACGAGAUCAAAUUCAGGCCUCGGGGCAGAUACUUGAGAUCCCAACCUGAAUAUGUGGGCUGUGACCAUGAUCAUGAUGGCCGGUGACGGUGAGGAUCACGUACGCGUAGUGGUAUCCAGAUAUCCAAGAUCGCGCCACUUCACGACAACCAGCCAGCAACCCCGCUCCGGGUAUGCGACAAUGACCGUAGCGUGUUUCCUCGAAUUUCCACCGAUGCGAAUCUAAAUGUAACACUGAAAUGAGCGUGUCUGAAUCUCCUACGAGUAGCUUAGUGGUUGUGUUUUCACAAGUGGCUAAGCUAGUCAUGAGUAGUUUCUAGACUCUAAAGGCAUAGAUGGAGAUGUUCUUGAGCAUAAUACUAGGAGGAGGAGGAGGUAUGGAAAUCAUUUAUAAAAAAAAACAGAAUGGUUAGCUCAGUCGUUGUAAUUCCAAUUUUUUUUGUCCACCCAAGUUGCUGCUUUA